AUGUAUUCGGGCCAACCGUUACCAUACUCUUACUCAACGUCGUCCGCCAGCGCAGCCUCUGUGCAACCUGGGUAUAUCUCGCCUCCAGAAUUGCGGCGUGCGCUCGAGGAAGAAAAAGAGAAACAACAGCCGCAAAGGCAAUCGCUUCCAUCCAUCCACGAGGCGUUAGGGAAUGAUAACCCUCUUCCAUAUCCUGCACCUACAUCGGCGGCUCCCCAGCAAGCUCACCAUGCACCACAUUCGCAUCUUUUGUCAUCAAACGUUAUGGGACGGCCGACCGGCGAAGCACCGUCGGGACCAGCGAAUCCAUUUUCAAAUGGAACAUCAUCAGGGUCUUUUAUGCGGGACUCCGCUUAUCCCCCAUCCCAGCUACAAGCGGAGGCAUCUCGGGCAAGUCUAGCAUCGGUCACCACUCAAGAUUCGAGAAACCCCUCGAUCCAAUCGCUCAGUUCGGGAAAGUCGCCCACACAAAGCGCAAAAACAGGGAUUACUUCGAUCGCAGGCUCGCAGGCCGGAUCUGGCUAUGAGUACAGUGCUCCUACUUCUGCGGGAAGCAUCGCAUCUCCCAACGGCUAUGGCGCGUUUCCGCAGAACUACUCUUUCCAAUCGCAACCCCCGCCUAAUGCGCCAACGUACCCGGUUGCGUAUGACGCUCGGCCUUACGGUCCUACAUGGAAACCAGGCGUACCCGAAACCGCACGUGUGGAUGAAAUGAAGGCCGGGAUUGCGGGUCGUGCUAUUGCGGGACAGAUCCCGGGCGAUUCUGUCAAGCGGCACCUAGAGGUCUACGAUGUGGAGACAUCGCUAAAUGAGAUUGCCGAGAUAAGCACCCGCACAUUGGAAUUUUCUCGACACUACGCUGCCAGGGCGCACCAGACCCAGCGUUCCGGUCCUGUGAUAGGAUCUCUACCCUCUUUACAGGAAGUGGAGGAGAUGCUUAGUGUUCAGCGCCGGAAUCAUGAUGCCCUGCUCCGUAUACGAACCGCAGUUGUGAACCAAGAGCAUGCAUUAGCGGAGCAAAUGGCCCAAAGAAAAGCUUUCAAAACCGGUGGGGUCCGUGACGAUGACCACAUGGCAAUGUACCAAGACGAAUACAAGGGAAGUGGCGGCUUUGCCGGACCAGAUGCGAAGAAGCGACGAGGGAAAGCAGCCCCUCCCGGCCGUUGCCACAGUUGCAACCGAGCUGAGACACCCGAAUGGCGCCGUGGUCCAGAUGGUGCCCGGACCUUGUGUAACGCAUGUGGCUUGCACUACGCCAAGCUAACGCGCAAGAUGGGUGCUAAACAGGCAUCGUCCUUGGGUUCCAAUCUUAAACCUAAGACUCUUGACUCCGCAUCUCCAACUGGCCGUUGA